AUGGUCCAGGAAGAAUAUCCUUGGAGGGUCGCACAGACCUCCAUGUGCAAGCCAGUGGUUCCCUUACUGCUGUUAGGCACCGGGAUGAAAUCUUCAGAGCCGCUGUCAGAACUUAUGCUGGUGCAGUGGGCCCUGGGUUCCUCCUGCAUCCGAAGCUGCCAAGUAGCACCACAGGCUGUCCAGGAGCUCACUGAUGCCCUGAUCCAGGUCUGGCAGGAGAUCCCACAGAUAGUGCUGGGCCGUUAUUUCCUACAAGCUGUUGCUGAGAAUUACGGAUUUCCACAAAGAGUUCGCAUUGACCAUGGAACUGAAAAUGCGUAUUUAGCAGAUAUGCAGACAUUCUUCAGAGACACUGCGAGUGCAGAAUAUGUCACUCUUGGUCCAAGCACUGGGAACCAGAGAACUGAACGAUGGUGGUCCACUUUGAGAAGCCUGUGCAUACAACUUUGGAUGGAUCAUUUGGAACAGCUAAAAGAAGAUGGAAACUUUGUUGAUACUUUCAUUGCCAAAUAUCUCUACCAGUUUUGCUUCCAACAUUUUAUACAGGAAGAGCUUGAUGAAAUAGUCAGUGCCUGGAAUUGCCACAGGAUACGGCCAACUCACAACCCACGUGCUCCCAGUGGUCGACCUUCAAUAAUGUUUGCUGUUCCCAGCUUAUAUGGAGUGCAGAAUUUCUUGCAUCCAACUGAACAAUCAAAACCGAGCAUUUGCCAAGAGGAGUGUUUAUUUAAAGACUACCCUUGUGAUGAGGAUGUCUUUCAACUGUGUGUAGAACUCAUGGCUGAGCAUAACCUUGUCAUGUCAGAUGAUGUUUAUGAAAUUACAGACCUUUACCUCCAACUUCGUCAACUGUAG